UCUUCUUGGGGAUCAGCAAGCGGAUGAAGUUGGCAAGGGUUGUGAUGUGCGCGAAUUCGGGGACAGUCAUGAGUGCAUCACCCACGUUGAGCCUGCUCGUGUUAGUGGGUGCUCUAAUCGAUGAAGAGGUAACUUGCAGGCACUUUUGGCCAACGCCUGUUUGCAUGACGAUUUGCUUGAUGUCGGCUUCAUUCUCCUGCAGCUUGCUGAGCAUGCUGAUUGCCUGUCGUUAGGCUUGAUUUUGGUCAGUGAGAGAGACUCACGUUAAUACGCACAUCCCAGGUGGAGUCUUCAUCCACAAAGGUACGAAGGAGCAAGUGAACCCACUCGCCGGUCCAGUCAGAGUUCUUCGCCACCGUUGGCUCUCGUGUGAGACACUCGAUCCACGACUCGAGCUCGCCAUGCAGCUCAUUUUUGAUCUUGGACUGCUUGAGUCUGCAGACUGUACAUCCGAGUAAGGCAAGGAUCUUUGGAGGCACGUAGAGACGGUGCUCGACUUGAGGCAACGCGGAGAUCAAGGCUGACAGGACUGCAUCACUGAUGCGCUGCGUCUGUCCAUCAUGUCGCUUCAAGAAUGCCUCGAAGGCCAG